AUGGAGGACACGGUCAACGUCUUUGGUCGCGGCACACCCGCCGGCGAGGCAAUUUACCGCUGCUACGUUGCCCCUUCCAAACCCAGCACGCUUGACCCUCAGCUCGCAGCCCUGCUGUCGCGUCGACGCCAAGAGCGGGAGGCCGCCGAGGCCGCGCGGGCGCACCCGAAGCCCAUUCCAAAGUCGAAGGCACCGGUACACCGACCCCACGUUGGUUUGGGAAAGCGGCCAACCGAAGAGGAGUACGCGCGCUGGCGGUUGCAGCAUAUCCCGCACCGUCGCACCAAGGCCGCUAUAGAGGCAGAGGAGGAGGCGCGCAGGUGGGUGCCGCAGCCCGUCAGCGACCGCUUCGCCCGCCCGGCUAUCACGGAGGCCGAGAAGGAUCGGCUGGCGGAUGUCAUGGCCUACGGCGCUGAACUGCCCAAGCCAAAGGAGCUCACCGGGGCGCAGCGAGCCCGCCUUCACCGUCUCGAGCCGCGCGUGGAGCUGGAAGAUCGGUUCGCGAAGCUACGUCAGACUGCGCAGGAGGUGCAGAGCGAGCUGGCGCAGCUCCGACAGAGUGCCCCCGGCGUUAGUGCCUCGUUACCCUCCGGCGGCCGUGUGGUUGAAAGUGUGUCGGACCCCCAAACGCGACUCUCACAGCGCCGUUCGUGCGGAGGUGGCAGCGACUCCACCACCGCCUCCCCGUUUCAGCUGGUGUCAGCCGCUUCGCCUGGUGCAGCCGCCGCUCGGGAUGUGCUUAGCAUCGGUGGCACUCGUGUCGGCCGUCAGGAUGACAAGAAGAUGAGCAAGGUCGAACGAUGCCGACAGGAGCGGGAGCUGCAGAGCCACCUGGGUACGGUGAUUGCCGAGAUGGAGGCAGUAGACCGGGAGCUGAGCCGACUCCCCAUUUCUUCGUAG